GACUCAAGGCACGAGAAUCAUGGACUGGUUUACCAUUGCCAGCAGUGCGCUGGUGGCAUCACUGCUCUACCUAUUCACGCGGAGUUGGCUGAGCAGCAGGAGCCUGCCGCCUGGAACACGCCUACCUCCAGGUCCACCAGGUCGACCUCUCGUGGGUCACGUCCAGUUCACGCACAAGGACUUUCAUUGCAACCAGGCGAUGAAAUGGGCCAAGAAAUAUGGACCGGUGUACAGGAUAAAGACCGGUUCAGCUGACAUGGUCAUACUGAAUGACUUCCCGUCAAUAAAGAAGUUUCUCACAAAGAAGGAGGUUCUGUACCGACCACAGAACUGGCUGUUCAGGGGUGAAGUGUACGGAGGUGUGGCGACGCUUAACGGCGACACAUGGGUGGACAACAGGAGGUUCUGCCUGCACGUCUUGAGGGAUUUAGGAUUCGGCAAAACAUCAAUGGAGGAACACGUUAAGGAAGAGUGUCAGUGCAUGGUGGAGAAGAUCGCCGAAGCCAAAGGUACGCCCCUCGCCAUUCAGGAGUACAUCUUCCCGAGCACCUCGAACAACAUUGCCGCGCUCGUGUACGGUAGCCGGUACCCGUUCGAGCACCCGCGCCGCCGCUACCUGGACGAGCUGCUCAGCGAACUCUUCAAGGCUAUACGAGCUGGCACCCUGGUCGAAUUUUUGCCGUCGUUCGUGCGCAAAGCUGUUACCUGGCUGCCUUCUACGCGACGCACCGUCAUCAAGUCCAAGCUCCUGGAAUUCAUCGAAUACACUAAAGGACAAGUCGCAGACCACAAAGCCACAAUGGAUGAGCAUUUCAAUCGCGAUUUCAUAGACGGCUACCUGAAGAAAAUUCAGGAACAUGAACAGGAGGAGAACCCAAACUUCCAGCAUCGAUUUCUGAUGGGCAACGUGCUCAGCUUCUUCAUUGCCGGUUCAAACACGGUCGCCGUGACCAUCCACUGGCACAUGCUCAACUUCGCCAACAAUCCAGACACGGUGCAAGCCAGAGUGCAGCGAGAGAUCGACGAAGUGGUGGGCAGGGAGAGGCAGCCCACGUGGGAGGACAAGAACAAGAUGCCCUACACGAUGGCCUGCAUCUGGGAGAUGUACCGAUGGAAGACCGUGUCCCCACUCGGUGUGCCUAGAGGUUGCGGCGAGGACACCACGUUCGACGAGUACUUUAUUCCCAAAGGAACGACCGUGAUUCCAAAUGUGUGGGCCGUGCACAACGACCCGACGCUGUGGAAGGAGCCGUCCAAGUUUGACCCGACGAGAUUCUUCAAAGAAGACGGCUCUCUCAUUCAGCCAAAACCAGAGCACCUGAUUCCCUUCUCUAUUGGUAAACGGAUGUGUCCUGGCGAGAUCCUGGCCUCUGUCGAGAUAUUUCUGUACAUCACCUGUAUUCUCCAGAAGUACCGAAUCCUUCCCGAAGUUGGGAAGAUCCAUGAUCUUGACUCUAUUGAUAUUCCUCUCGUUGAACUUAACCACUACAAGUUGACAUUUACGCCGCGAUAGGCAUUUGCCGGCGCACAAUUGAACACAUUGACGGUUUCCUUCGCCUCUCCUGUGUGUCCUGCCUCACAAUAUUUUCAGCCUUUCUUUUUGUAGUUACAAAGUUUCCCUAACAUUUUUUGAAACAUCCUUCACAUCCUAAUGUUUGUAAAAUGCCUUGAUAAAGUAUAAAACUUUUUUUGAACGCUGCGACUGGCCUGCGGCGUGUCGAGCCGUGUACAUAAACGUAUCUUCCUAACCAAAAAAAAA